AUGGCCGAUACGGAGCAAGCCGAUUUUGAGCCCCAGAGCCGUCACGUCACAUAUUGUGGUGUCUGCACUCUCCCCCCCGAGUUUUGCGAAUAUGGCGGCACGGUAAAGAAGUGCCAGGAGUGGCUCGAGAAGAACGAGCGCCCGCUCUACGACAAGAUCUGGUCGCCCGAGGCCCUCGAGGCGGCGACGGCGUCCCUGUCCGUCGAGGCGCAGAAGCGCGCCGCCAAAGACGCCCAGAAGAAGGCCGCCAAGGCCGAGGCCGCCGAGGCCAAGCAGGCCGACCGCCUCGCCAACAGCACCAUCACCAUCAAGCGCAUCGAGCGCAACAAGAAGAAGUUUGUCACGGCCGUCAUCGGCCUCGAGGCCUUUGGCCUCGACCUCAAAAAGGUCGCCAAGGACCUCGGCAAGAAGUUCGCCACCGGCUCCUCCGUCAGCAAGCUGCCCAGCGGCGGCUCCGAGAUUGUCGUCCAGGGCGACGUCAGCGACGAGAUUGAGGAGUUCCUGCUCGAGAAGUACAAGGAGAUACCCGAGGACAACAUUGAGCUGGUCGACGACAAGAAGCUGAAGAAGAAGGCCGCCCAGGCCGCCGCCGCUGCUGCGGGGGCCGCUGGCAGCAGUUAG